GGACAGGGUGAAGGGGAACACCUAGAGUGAGUGCAGGACAGAAUGUGUGUGACCGACCACUAAAGACAGUGUUUAUACCACUGCGGACAGUUAAGGAAAUAAGAAAGAAAGUAAGUAAGACUGAAGGCCAGAGGUUAAAAAACAUGAAAUAGAAAGAGGUGUUUGAAGUCAAGUCAGGUCUUUAUGGAGUUAUACAGGACGUCUAAGGUUCACAGAAAGCCGGAGAAAAGUGAGUCUGGGAAUUUGAAGAAAAGAUUCUAGAGAAGAGUGUACAAGGAAUAACAGGGGUAAAAGGCUAAAAUCAUGGGCUGUAUCUUCAGUAAAGUGAAGGAGAGGGAACUGCAACCUUCUGAUGCCCCCAAAACACGGGACUGCAUCGAGGAUACAGAGAUUCUUAGCAUUACAGAGGUCUCUGACCCCUGUGUAGCUGCUAAGAAUUCUUUAUUCCAAAACCAAAGCAACACCCCUUCCAGGACUGAAAGUGUGGAACGAGUAAUGGAAAGCGUUAUGGAGAGCCGUUAUGAUUUCGACCUGAUCUACAUCACCGAGAGGAUCAUCUCUGUCUUCUUCAUGUCUGAUCUGGAUGAACACCGUUACCGCAGCAACCUGAAAGAAGUGGCAGCGAUGUUGAGAUCGAAACAUCAGGAACGGUUUCUGGUCAUAAAUCUGUCUGAGAAGCGUCAUGACAUCUGCAGAUUGAACCCCAAGGUUGAGGAGUUUGGUUGGCCGGACCAGCAUGCCCCACCCUUGAAUAGUAUAUGUACUUUGUGCAAGACCAUGGAAACCUGGCUGAACUCUGACCCGCGUAAUGUUGUUGUACUCCACUGCAAGGGGAACAGAGGAAAAACAGGAGUAAUAAUAGCUGCUUACAUGCACUACAGCAAGACCACAGCUAGGGAAGAUCAAGCUCUUACCAACGUUGCCAUGAGAAAGUUCUGUGAGGACAAAAUCUCUUCCUCUCUACAGCCAUCUCAAAACAGAUAUAUUUAUUAUUUUGCUGGCCUUCUGUCUGGUGCUAUCAAGAUAAACAGCUCUCCCCUGUUCCUGCACCAGGUUCAUAUUCCAGUGUUAGACAAUUACCAGCCAGGUUAUGCUCCUUUCCUGAAGAUCUACCAGUCUCUGAAGUUGGUGUACACGUCACGUGUAUAUGAUAAUGAGGGCUCCACGAACAAAAUGUUGUGUAUUAAAAUAGAACCUGCUCUACUGCUGAAGGGAGACAUUAUGGUAAAGUGCUAUCAUCGUCGCUCAGGAGUGUGUGAACGGGAAUGUAUUUUCAGAGUUCAGUUUCAUACGUGUACAGUUCAUGGAGCUCAGCUUUGGUUUGGGAAAGGAGAGCUGGACCAUGCAUGCAAAGAUAAACGUUACCCAGUUGAUGCCACAGUAGAGCUGGUGUUCUCCCCUGGUCCAGACCCAGAUAAAGGAAGGGAGAUUCAGAAUAAAGACCCUGGAGCGAGCAUGGAUUUAAGCUGUACAGAUCCUAUAGUGAGAUGGGACUCAUAUGAAAACUUUAAUGUUCACCAUCAGGACAGUACAGAGGAUAUUUGUCAUACGCGUGGUCCACUCGAUGGCAGUCUGUACGCACAGGUCAGGAAGCGGCGUGUGCCCGGCUUCAGUUCGAAAAGUAGCCCACCGGUCAUUGCUUCAAAUCAGUCCACCUGUCCAAGCUCUGUUUUAGAACACAGCUUUACCAUCUCUGAGCUUUUACAUGAACCGCCCAUGCCUUUACCUCAUUAUCAACCUCAAAGGUUGGACAGAGAAAAUAAUGGCGAAAGUGUAAAAAAGAAGGACCGAGAGACAGCCAUACUUGAUGACAGGGAGUGUUCUCAUCUCGAAAUAGAGCGCUCCUGCUGUGGCCGUCCGUACUCCCACCCUCAAUCCUACUGUGGGCCUGAGUUGAGCAACGCACAUCCUCAAAAAGUCUAUUCCAAACACCAUACACUUCCCUGCACUCAUACCUCAUCUUUACCAUUAUGUGAGAUGUGUAUCUCCCAUCCAGAACUUCUGUGGGAGAGAGGACACAGUCAACAUCAAGUCUACCCUCAAACCACCCGACCCGUUUACCCUUACCCCUCAUUAGAGACGCACACACACUCACAGCUUACGCGUGCUCACUCUUCUCAUGCACGUACCCUGCCUGCACAGUCCCACUUGCUCUUCUCUGGAGAUCCAUACCCAAUGUUCCAUUGCUCGAGUCACUCCCACAACCACCAAUCUCACCAGUCACUGCCUUCCAGUCCUUACCAUGAGUUACGCUUCUGCACGACUUCACCUACUUCCUGUUCCUGCAAGGACUGCUCACACCUGCGGGAGGACCUUGCCCGCUCCCUUCGAGUGAGCCAACUCGAAAGCCCUCCCUGGUCCCGAGGAACAGGGUUUGGAUACAGACAGGAGGGCUCAGUGCAGUGGACAAGAGAUAGAGCUCCAGAGUUGCAGAGGCCAGAGUACUGGGGGCAGAGAUCUAUGAUCCCCCCAAUCCUGUCAUCCUAUGGACAUCGCCAUUGCCAUUCCAUCUUGAAACAAGACCAUCCAGUUUAUGUGCCAGAUCGGUCAGAUACUGCAACUAGUUCACAUCCAAGUCCUCACAGCAGUGGUUACCACAGCCCCAGUUUAUCCUGCCCUUGCUCGCCACCACAAGAAAGAGAAAGCCCUGGUUAUGCAUCCAUGAAUCAUUCUCCAAACUCAUCUCAUCAUACUCUUACCCCUUCCCCCAAAAUACCUAGUCUUUCCCAACAGCAAGUCAACAAUGCUGUGUCUUCCGGAAGGGAGGACAGUCUCCAUGUCAACCACAUAGAAAGCAAUAACAAUCAGACAAAAGAUACUUAUGAUGACCUAGCAAGGGAAGCUAGGGCUCUGUCUCUGCAGGUCCAAACCAGCACAGGACCAUCGCUAGAGCCAGGAGACUCGGAUCAGAGCCAUGACGUGAAGGAAAAAUCUAAUCCUUUAAGCAGGGCCUCUAUUAUUUCUUCUAAACUCACCCAAGAGCCACUGCAGUCUGAAACAAAGGAUGCUAUUGUUACAGAGUCCACAUCCACUACAACCCUUUCAAGUGAACCUAGCCAAAGUUCUGAACCAGGAAACAGCACAGUGUCUACUAGCAUUAGUCACCAAGAGAUGGAGGAGAACAAAAAUGUCUACCCAAGUCUAUGUUCAGUCCUCAGUAUAUCAUUAAGUAGUCCCCAUCCCUCUAUCUGUCCAUCAGAGAGAAGCUCUAUCUCCGAACUUCCCUUGCUGGUUCACAGAAUGACCCCUUUGACUGAUGGGAUUUCAUCCAAUGAGGAGGGCAGUACAAGUGAUUUAAGAUCUUCUUCCCCAGUGCCUGAUGGCUGCAUCACACCUUUAUUUCCUUUGGCAUCAACCAACUACCCUCUCCUGACUGUGCCUCAUGUUCCAUACACAGGCUACACUACUAUUACUAUUCCUGCUUCCCCUCCCCAACCGCCCCUUCCGGAAAAACAGCAUACCAGUCCUCUCCAGGACUCCAUCUUUAAUACUUCCUCAGUAAAAACAUCGUCUGGACUUUCCAACAGUUCCCUCCUGGUACAGGUCCCCUCCUUGUCCAAUGCAGAGACCAGGCGUAAAGCAGCUCAGGAACCAGAGAAUCGUGUCAGUGCCAAGUUUGUGCAGGAUAGCUCCAAGUUCUGGUACAAGCCUGGCAUCUCUCGAGACCAGGCAAUCGCAGUUCUCAAGGAUAAAGAAUCUGGCUACUUUCUUAUAAGAGACAGCAACUCAUUCCAGGGCGCAUACGGAUUGGCACUGAAAGUGGCUACACUGCCACCCCAUGCCAUUAGUUUUAACCAAACGUCUCACUCGGAGGAACAGCUGGUCAGGCAUUUCUUGAUUGAGAGUGGAGCCAAAGGAGUAAAAAUUAAAGGCUGCCAGAAUGAAACAUAUUUUGGUUCUUUGUCUGCUCUUGUAUACCAACACUCGAUCACACCAGUCUCUCUGCCCUGCAAACUACGCAUCCCAGAUAAAGAUCUUGUUGGUGAGUUGCAGGAAUUGCAUAGCGGCAUCAAAACCAGCACAGCUGCAGAAUUGCUCAAACAGGGAGCGGCCUGUAAUGUUCUGUAUAUAAACUCGGUGGACACAGAGUCUUUGACCGGUCCACAGGCUAUCUCCAAGGCAAUCAAGUGCACUCUGACUCAGGACCCCUUACCCUCAGCAACUGUGGUUCAUUUUAAAGUGUCUGCACAGGGUAUUACCCUUACAGACAAUCAACGCAGGCUGUUCUUUAGAAGACAUUACCCCAUUCACAAUGUAAUAUUCAGCUGUGUGGAUCCAGAGGAUCAAAGGUGGACUGUUGCUGAUAACACCAGCAAGAUGUUUGGAUUUGUAGCUCGGCGCAGUGGUAGCGGAUUGGGAAAUGUGUGUCACCUGUUUGCAGAGCUUGAACCGGAACAGCCUGCUACUGCUAUAGUCAAUUUCAUCAAUAAAGUAAUGCUGGCACGAAACCAUCUCCGCAAGUGAGGGAGAGAAGACGGGAGAGGAAAAGAACACAAGGAAAAAAAUCAUUUUAGUUUGCCUACAAAUCACGUGUAAUAGUGUAAUAAUAAAUCUUUAAUUUAUUGGUAUAAAAUCUUGUACAAGUGCUUAUGUAGGUCUAUACAUAGCAACCCUAUGACAACUGUCAGCAAAUAUUUAUAUAAUACAGUAAUAUUAUUAAAUGAUAUACUAAUAAUAAUGUAAUAAUACAUUAUUGUGAUAAUAACAACAGUCCUUUAAAUCCAUUGGCAUAUGAUUUCACCCA